GCGCGCCCCGCCCGCAUGCGCGCUGCGCAGCGCCCGCCGGAGGGGGCGGCGCGGCCGAGCCCGUGCCCGGCUCGGCGCUGGGGCUGGGACCGCUCCGCAGCCACGGACACACCGCAGCGUUUCGCCGGGAAAAUCGGCUCCCCUCCCGUUCCCCUGCGGCCGGGAGCCGAGGCCCUCCCUCCGCUCCCGGUCCUCUGGCAGGCUGAGGGGAGAGGGGAGCCCGGUCCGUCCCGCGGCGGAGGGGCUGAGGGGGCAGCAGAGCCCCCUUGCCGCCGCUGCCCUCGCCGUGCUUUUCCACCGCAGGGAGAGAGCUUCCCUGUCCUAACCCGUGCCCUGCAGGGAGCGGGAUCCCCCUGCCCUCACCCCUGCCCUUUGCUCCGCCGAGCGGAGGGUGGUGGGGCUGGACCUUCCGCGAGCCCUCGGGCCUGUGCAGCUGCGGGCAUGGCCGUCCGUGGGGUCGGGAGCUCCCUGCUGCUGAUGUCCGGCGUGGUGGUGACCGUGGGGCUGUGCCGGAGGCUGGCCCGGCGCCGGCUGCGCUCCCGCCCGCUCCUCUUCGCUUUCCUUGUGGAGAUGUUCAGCACCUUCCAGAUCUGCGCCUGCACGAACGAGCUCAGCCUGCUCGGCAACGUGGAGCCGAAGCCGCACACCGCCCUCACCCUCACCUACGGCUUCACCGUCCUGCACGGCCUGAGCCUCGCCGGCAGCACAUGCAAUCCCUGCGGGACCCUGCAGCCCAUGUGGGGCGGCGGGACGUCGCUCACGAUGGGGGGACUCAAGAUCGCCGCUCAGUUCGUGGCUGCAGUGCUCGCCAGAGUGUUCAUGCACUUUAUCUGGAGUCUGGAGAUGGCAGAGCCGCAUCUUGGUGCACUCUCACAGGGCUGCAGCAGCCCCAUGCAGACUACAGAGAUGCAGGCGUUCUGCAUAGAACUGCUCUUUUCUGUCGUUUUCCAGCUGGCCGUCCUGCAAGCCGAAAGCGUUAACCCCAAAUACAGAGUCCAUUUAAUUGCUCUUCUCAUCACCAUGCUCGUGUAUGCAGGUGGAAAUCUUACAGGAGCAAUAUUUAACCCAGCACUGGCGUUUUCAUUACAUGCAGAUUGUUUCUAUGACAAAUUUUUGAGUUACUCUCUAGUGUAUUGGCUAGCACCAUGCUUAGGUACAAUACUUGUGGUUUUUAUAUGGGAUGAAAUCUUUCCUCGGAAAUCUUGAGACAUCAAAUCCUGAAAUUUGGGAGCACUACAUUAAAAAAUAUUUCCAACCUCUGCAGACAUAAAGCUUUCAGAGAACUGUUGACAGACUUCCGUGCCAUCUUUAUGCUGUAUUUUCAGAUUUCACGUUUGAAAUAUUUGACUUACCACUUUGUAUUAAAAUAAUUAUUUUGUAAAUGA